AUGGAUUAUCAAGAUUUUCUUCGUUCUUUUCAAGAUUUGAACUUGAGAAAAAAUAGUGCAAAUUCUUCUUUGAACAAUCAAGCAGAGAAUGGUUUUAAUAUUCCAAAAGAAAGUGACAGAAUUUGGGCAAUUUCGUCUGAUAAUGAAACUAAUGAUAGUUCUUUUUCUUGGUUGAGUUCUACAAUUUCAAGCACCAACUCUUCACAGAAAAGCUCAUUGGAUUAUGCAGAUAUUUAUAGGAAUUAUGUGCCACAAACAACAAGUACCAAUUAUGAAUAUGGUUCUUCUUCAUCAUAUAAUUCCAUGAAUCAAUCCAACUAUGAUCAAAUUUUAAGCAACAACAUGUUGAACAAUAGCAACAUUGGAGCUCAAGAAUUUGCAGAUAACAAUGAGCUUCCUUUAGACUAUAAAGAUUGGAGUAAUGAGGAUUAUACAAAGUGUUUAAAUGUCCUGUUGAAUCAGAGUAUUGCAGCAUUAUGUUAUGGUUAUCUUCCAAAUCUAGGAUUCGACGUCAUUAAGAUGGCUAAAAGUCCCAGAGCCUCGCGCUUAUUGCAAAAUUUUCUGCAGCUGAAUAACUAUUACUACAGGCAAAGGAUACUUAAUGAGAUUCUUCAUUCUUUUUAUGAGGUGAUGAUCGAUGAAUUUGGACACGCUUUCUUCCUAAAACUUGUUGAAUUCUGCAACGACGAACAGAUGGAACUAAUUCUCAGUACAUUUCACUUCAAUGUGGAGUUGUUUGUACAAACAGCCUUUAAGAAAUAUGGUUCAAAGUCCAUUCAAAUGCUGAUUAAAAACCUCAAAAAGAAACCUUUGGCCAACUAUUUCUCAGAAAUUGUGUCUGUUAGGUUAGUUGAACUGAUGACUCAUCGAACAGGGCGAUACGUUGUUGAACAAUGUUUCCAUGUCUUCAAUGAGAAGCAGAAUGAGGUUCUGUACUGGGGGAUUAUUAGAUUUUUCAAAGAGUUGGCUACAAAUGAAAGUGGAUGUGCAUCUUUGAAUAUUGGCAUCAAUUGUAUCACUAACCCUUUGAGAAAGGAUCUACUUGAAAAAAUAGCAAACCAGUCAGGUUACCUUGCCAAUGAUCCCUGGGGGAACUAUGUUGUGCAGCAUGUUCUUGAACUAAGGGAUGAAGAGAUUUCAAGUAAGAUAUUCAGUCAACUUAAGAAGCAGUAUUCAACACUAGCCUACAAAAAGGGUGGUAGCCAUGUUGUUGAGAAAUGCAUAGAGUCAUCAAAUGUUGGAAUGAUUUCAGUAGUUGAUGUUCUUCUAGCUGAUGAAAAAUCACUAAUUCACCUUGCCAAAGAUCCCUUUGGAAAUUAUGUAAUUCAGAAAGCAUUAAAAUCAACAAAAGAACAAGGAGAGGAAAGGCGGCAUCAAGCUCUCGUUAGAGUCCUCAUGCGGCAUUCCUCAGCUCUUUUACACAGCAAAACUGGGAAACAUGUGAUCUUAAGUAUCAAAAGUCUAAAUCCAGAUUAUUAG